AUGCAUUUAUGUGAAGAUUUAUUGACAGAAAUCUUUCUAAAGCUGCCGGUGUUAACCCUUCUUCGAUUUCGCGCCGUCUGUAAAUCUUGGUGUUCAAUCAUCGAUUCCCCUGCUUUCACUUCACAACACUUUGAAUUAUUCAACAAGAAUUCUACCAAGAAUCAGUUACUGUUAAUUCAUGCAGUUACACAAGAUGAUGGAAUGACUGAACUAGAAUUCGAAGUCGUUAAUCAAUUUACAUUCGAUAGAGUUAAACUAAUUGCCUUUUUAACAGAAAAUUGCAAGAUUCAUGAUAUCUUUAAUGGUUUGAUUUUGUACCAACAAAUACGUGAUCCAAAAAUUAAGAAUACAAUGUAUCCAGUGUUGAUGUUAUUGAAUCCCUCUGUUCGAAAAGUUCGGACGCUUUGUCCUUGUACACUUCCUGAGCAGCUCGGCCACGGUAUCGACAACUUUGCUCUGGGGUUUGAUUCUUCUAGUAAUGAUUACAAGGUGAUUGCAUUUGGAGGAAAUGAUAGAGUAAAUGCUAACUUGUAUAAAAUCGCGGUUUAUUCAUUAAAUGAAGAUCGUUGGAAGAUGAAGAAUGUUCAUGUUGUGGAUAAUCCUAUUUCGCGAUACACUGUGUUAUUGCACCACCGUCAUUUCUGUCAAGGGGGUGUACAUUGGAUAAGGGGAGGGCGAGAUACAGUUUUGUAUGAAGGCGGGCUCGAACACACACAUUUUUCAUCCUUUGAUUUUGGUGUAGAGGAAUUUAGAUGUUUGCCAUUGCCUGGGAGAAAGAUGUUCAAGUGUAUGUUUGAUUUCGAAAAAUCGUUGGCAGUAUUCGGGAUUUCUGCUGAGAGUAGCAAUAUGUGGAUUAUGAGGGAGGAUGUUGGAGAGGUUGCGCCUGAGAGACCAUGGGUUCGGUGCUUUAGAGGUGGUUCGAGUUUAGAUGCAUUCGAGUUCUUUAAAAGGAACAAGUAUGCAAGGAUUACUAAUGAUGAAUAUUCUGGUGUAUUUUUUGUGCUGUCUUGGAAAUAUGGUCCAAUGAGUCUGAUGUCUUAUGACAUUAUUAGCCGACAGAUAAGGACUAUAAGAAGAGUUUAUGGUUAUCGAGUUUGUUGUGCAGAUGCUUAUGUCGAGAGCUUUGAGACUUUGGAGAGGAUCCAAUUGCGAUAUGAUGAUUGA